AUACGUUCCUGCGAGGACAUAUGCGCAACGGAGCGGAGCCGCUUCAUCUCCUGAAGCCGAACCCAAGCAGCGUCUCGGCGGACUCUGUCGGAGUGUUGCUCCCUGCCUCCCGGAUAGCUUCGUCCUCCCCGCCCCUCUCUCUCUGAAAAGCAGAACGCGCGCCAGGUGUCAUGACGCACCAAAAAAACUGGCGCGUGUCCGAACUUCUCCCCGUAAGUCUGCCGCGUGCGCACAUCGCUUGAAGUCGGGCCCUCGCUCCCUCUCGUGCGCGGAUCAAUCCAAAUGAGAGCGUGUACGUCAGCCCCCGGGCCCGUUUGUCAUCUCCGUCCCGCUGUCACAGCUGAUGAUGUAAUUGUUUCUCCCCCAGAUGGAUCCGCGCUCCGCUGCUCCUCCUGCGUCGCUUUUCUCUCGGAGUGAAAAGAGUCGCCGCAGAAUGUGCCUCUGAAACUUGGACCGCUGACAGAAAACCACCACAUGAGGACAUUUUGCGCUUCAACUCCUGCUAAACUUGAUCAACUUUCCUUAACAGGAGCGCGCGCUCGUUUGAUGCAUUGUGUUCUCGAGGAGGGAGAUGGGGAGAAACCAUCUGUAUCUGGGGUCAUUUGGUACGAUCUAGUGGAUGUAUGGAGGAGAGCAGCCCGAGGAUGACCGGCGGAACCCGGGAGGCUCCGGUGAACAUCUCCCCGGCGGUGGCUGCCCACGCAGAGGGCGAGGAGAUCGAGGUUUUGGAGAGCACCGACGUCCUUCCCGUAGCUCCAGAAGAAGUAUGGAAAUCUCUGUUUGACCAGUACGACCCGGAGAAUUCAGGCUUCAUCAGCACAGAGCGCUUCAGGGACCUGCUGGCGACGCACGGCUCUGAACUUGAUCCCCACAAACUGGAAGUGUUGCUGGCUCUCACUGAUGGCAACUCUGAUGGAAAAAUCUGCUACCAGGACUUUGUCAACUUGAUGAGCAACAAGCGCUCCAACAGUUUCCGGAGGGCCAUUCUUCAGGGCAGCAGGCAGCUGAAGGGCUGCAGUCUCAGAGAUGAGGUGGGCUUGGGGCUGUCCCAGCGGCUGGUUCGCCAUGUUGCCUAUGAAACGUUGCCCCGCGAGGUUGACCGCAAGUGGUACUUUGACAGCUACACAUACUGCCCCCCUCCAUGGUUCAUCCUGGCUAUCACCAUCGCAGAGGUUGCAGUGUUCAUGUAUUAUGGAAUCCAGUUGGAUCGUUUGGUCCUGCAGGUAUCCAGUCCGUCCUUCCUAAAAAGCCCCCUACCCUACCAUCCCCAGCUCCGAGCCCAAGCCUGGAGGUACUUCAGCUACGUCUUUAUGCAUACUGGGAUUGAACAUCUGAGCCUGAACAUGGCCAUGCAGCUGCUGGUGGGAGUGCCUCUUGAAAUGGUCCAUGGUGCCCUGAGGAUCGGACUGAUCUACGUGUGUGGUGCGCUGGCAGGGUCUCUGGCGGUGUCGGUCACUGACAUGACGGCUCCGGUGGUUGGAUCGUCGGGAGGAGUGUACGCCCUUGUCUCGGCACAUUUGGCCAAUGUUGUAAUGAACUGGUCGGGAAUGAAGUGUCAGUUUAAGUUAUUCCGAAUGGCCAUGGCCCUGGUUUGCAUGAGCGUAGAGUUUGGUCGGGCUGUGUGGCUGCGGUUCUACCCUCCAGCUUUCCCUCCGUGCCCCAACCCCAGCUUUGUAGCUCACCUGGGGGGAGUCCUGGUGGGUCUCACCCUAGGCGUGGUGGUCCUGCAGAACUACGAGCAACGGCUUCAGGAGCAGUCGCUGUUUUGGAUAUUUUUCUGCGUUUACACCUUGUUUGUGCUCUGUGCUGUGUUCUGGAACGUUUUUGCCUACAGCCUGCUCGAUGUGCGAAUACCCCCGGCACCAUGAACCUGCUUCCAGGGGGCCAGCUGGCAGGAUGUAUCACCUCAGCAUUCACGUUCAGAGUCUCACCUGUCGGUGAUCUAAGACGUCCCACAGCCUACUAGUUUCACUAACCCUAGCCUUAUCAUUCAAGCCGAACUCCUCCUGCGCUUUGUCUGUGUCUGCUGGUUGCUUGUGGAACUCAAUGAUAAAACAUCAGCAAAGAAGAAGCCUCGGAUUUAACACUACAGCAUUGCUUUUACCUCUUCUGCCUAUUUCUCCUCAAUCCAACGGUGCCUUCUCAUGAAGACAUCACCUGCUGAAAGUAUUUCUGCACAUCUGCCUCUUGGUUGGAGUUACAGCGACAACACCUUACAGUGUUACACCAUUUUUGAGUCAUAACAGUUUCUCGUAAUCCUCUUUAAGUGAAAAAAAUGUGUUUACUCUUACAGAACGUUGGUGUUUCUCUGUCCAUACAAGCAUCAGGUGCAUCACAUAGCACAACAGUUAGCUUUUCAAUGAAAACAGAUACUUUAAGCUACACGUCAGUCACCUUUACAGGUUAAGAAUUUAAGUUUUGAAGAGGGUGAGUUACUGUUAAGUAUUGCCUUCAGAAUCAAUAUAUAGGCAUGGGCCGACUAAGUAUAAUAAGGAUCUCAAACUACUAAAUUUUUCCAACAUGCCAUGGUUUCAGUUUGAUGUCCAUGAGGCCCCCUACUACUAACCAAUAGAUAUUAUUUUUUAAGAAACAUUGUUUUCUUCUGUUUUUGCAAAAAAUCUCCAUCUUCACAGUUUGUGGGAUUUCAGUUCAAACAGCUGCACUGGCUAUGCUGCGCCAGCAGUUGACAAUAGUCUUGACAUUAACUAUGUUGAACUUUACAAGAAGAAAAUCCUAAAUAUGGCUAAAACAGAGCUAAGCUAGUCAAAUGACUAAUAAUCUCAUAGUGAUUAAAAAACUGGAACAAACAGAGAUAAGCUGAUACAUUUUUGUUUUAAAUCUUUGUGUAAAUGUCAUGAUAUCAGUUUGCAGACUUCAAACUGUCUUACCAGGAGAAACACUUAGUGGCCCAUGCCUAUAAAAACAACCGUGUCGAGCGCUUUUAAAAACCUCAGUCUUGUCUCCUUUCUGUGUACAGGGACUGUGUUUGUACUUAUAAAAAACAAACAGAAGUGCCAUUCUGACUUAAAUCUUUCUGAUGCCAAAACAUUGCUGCAAGCACUGGCGAGAAGUGUGUCCCUAACGAGUGUUGCUAGGUUUUGUGACUAAGGAGUUUGUCAAAUGUAAGAGAAAAACCUUUAGUGAAGAACAUCCAAAUAAAUGCAGUGAAAUUCUUUAUCUUUCCUAACAAAGUGCUUCAUUUAUAGUAAUUGUUGCAAAAAGUAUAAAUAAAACACAAAAGAUGACUUUAUUCAUUCAUGGUUGAGCCUCAGUGAAUCAUUUUCUCGUUUGAACAUACAUCCUUGACCUCAAGUCAUUCAAGUUUAGGUUGUUUCAUUUUCAGUUCAGAAGCCAGCUGGACAAAAAAAAAAAAAAAAUCAAUAUUUGCCUGUUAGUUCUUGUCUCAACUUGAUUGGUUAAUUGAUUGGAGCUGAAAUAGGAGGAAGAGACCAAAGCUUGAGGUCUCUAACUGUACUGUAUUUUAAGACUCAUGUUACAUGCUUUAAUGACUAUUAAUCUAAUGAAGUCCAGAUUAAUGUUUUAACAUGUUAGAUUUUUUUAUGUGGUGAUACUGGUAUGUUGCGUAAUUGCUUGGACAUCAUAUAUGUUCGAUAUAUUCUGUAUGUAUCCUAUUUAAAUGAAGGUUAAUGAUGGCCUGGGGUUGUACAUAAUAAGGGCUACUACACCAAACAGAGUGAGGAGUAAAACUGCAGAUAGUAUUUUGAUGUUGUGCAUAUUUUGUAGAUUUGAUAUGUGCAUAAAAGGGGUCCAAUAAAAUGUUUUAUACAAAUCUAAA